ACCCGGCUCCGGCGCGCGGAGGCGGCGGGCGGGAGGGGCCGGUGGAGGUCGGGAGCGGCGCCGCAGGAGGCUCCCCGGUGGCCACCGGAGACAGGCUCCGGGCUCAGGAGCGCGCCUCUCGGCCUUUCCUCCGCUUCCCCGCGGUCCCAGCCUGCCGCCCCGAGAGGAACCUAGCAGGCAUCUGAGCUUGACCAGUAUUCCCAGGUGGCUUUCUAGAAGAUGACCAUAGAGGACCUUCCAGGUUUUCCACUGGAAGAGAACUCUCUGCUCGGAAGGUACCCGUUCCUGUUUCCAGGCUCCGACGCCUCCGUGGUCUUCUCCGUCUCCGCGGCCCCGAUGCCUUCAGACUGCGAGUUUUCUUUCUUUGAUCCUAAUGAUACAUCAUGUCAGGAAAUUCUCUUUGAUCCCAAAACGUCUGUAUCAGAAUUAUUUGCCAUUUUAAGACAGUGGGUUCCUCAGGUCCAGCAAAACAUCGACAUUAUUGGAAAUGAGAUCCUGAAGAGAGGUUGCAACGUGAACGACAGGGACGGACUGACAGACAUGACUCUCUUGCAUUACACCUGCAAGUCUGGAGCUCACGGUGUGGGUGAUGUUGAUACAGCUGUGAAAUUUGCAACUCAACUCAUUGAUCUGGGAGCGGAUGUUAGUCUGCGGAGUCGCUGGACAAACAUGAAUGCUUUGCAUUAUGCUGCUUACUUUGAUGUCCCUGAGCUGGUGAGAGUGAUUCUGAAGACAUCUAAACCGAAAGAUGUGGAUGCCACUUGCAGCGACUUCAAUUUUGGAACGGCUUUGCACAUCGCUGCACACAACCUGUGUGCCGGGACCGUGAAGUGCUUGUUGGAGCUGGGAGCAAAUCCCGCAUUUAGGAACGACAAAGGAGAGACGCCAGCUGAUGUGGUGCCAGACCCAGUGGAAAUGCCCUUGGAAAUGGCCGAUGCCGCGGCCACCGCCAAAGAAAUCAAGCAGAUGCUGUUAGAUGCGGUGCCUCUGUCCUGUGACGUCUCCAAGCCCCUGCUUCUAAAUCACAGUGCUGUCACUAGCAAGGCGGUGCUGACGUCAGCUGGCCUGAAGUUGGGGGACCGGGUCAUGAUCGCAGGACAGAAGGUUGGAACAUUAAGAUUUUGUGGAACAACGGAAUUUGCGAGUGGGCGGUGGGCCGGCAUUGAGUUGGAUGAACCAGAAGGAAAAAAUGACGGCAGUGUCGGGAAAGUCCAGUACUUCAAAUGUGCCCCCAAAUAUGGUAUUUUUGCACCUCUUUCAAAGAUAAGUAAAGCAAAGGAUCGAAGGAAGAAUCUAGUCCACACUCCUUCCACCAAAGCGCUGCCUAUCACCAGGUCCCAGAAAACUGAUGCAGCUCAUGUAACGCCAAAAGUAAAUACUGGACUGAUGCCGCCAAAGAGGGACAGUGCUUCCGAACCGGCGCUAGCGCCGCCUGCUGGAGAGGAGCCGAAAGCUGUAGCAGAGAAAGAUGUUCACCUGCCUGGAUCCAUCAGCAGCUUGUCCUCCGCAUCUUCUCUGGAGCACAGACAGGGCAACCCCAAGAAGCCGAAUACACGCGGCAGCAGCAAGAAGACCAUGAGCAAAAGCCCGUCUGUUUCAUCUCGAGCCAGUGCUGGGUUGAGUUCCUCAGCAACAUCCGUCUCGAACAGCGCCCGCUGCGAAGGAGAGCUUCAGCUGGGAGACCGGGUGCUGGUGGUGGGCCAGAGAGUGGGCACCGUCAGGUUCUUCGGGACGACCAACUUUGCCCCAGGGUGUUGGUACGGGAUCGAGCUGGAGAAGCCCCACGGCAAGAACGACGGCUCGGUCGGAGGCGUGCAGUACUUCAGCUGUUCUCCGAGAUACGGGAUAUUCGCGCCCCCCUCCAGGGUUCAGAGAGUCCCAGAUUCCCUGGAUACACUUUCAGAAAUUUCUUCGAAUAAACAGAAUCGUUCUUAUCCUGGUUUUAGGAGAAGCUUUAGUACGACUUCUGCUUCUUCCCAAAAAGAGAUUAACAGAAGAAAUGCUUUUGCCAAGUCCAGGCCGGCCCUGCGGCGCAGCUGGAGCGGCGCGGCCCAGGCGGGCGCAGAGCGGGGCGCGCGGCUGCGCGAGGGCGCGCAGGUCCUGCUCACCAGCUCCAACGAGAUGGGCACCGUGAGGUACGUGGGCCCCACGGACUUCGCCGCGGGCAUCUGGCUCGGGCUGGAGCUCCGAAGCGCCAAGGGGAAAAACGACGGAGCGGUGGGUGACACGCGCUAUUUCACCUGCAAACCGAACCAUGGCGUCUUGGUUAGGCCGAGCCGGGUCACCUACCGGGGGAUAAAGGGCUCCAGGCUGGUGGACGAGAACUGCUGAGCCGAACUGGAGUGUUCAGUGAGUGUGCGCGCGCUGUGAGUGUGUACAUACACUUGUGUAUGUAGGGCGUGAAAUACGGAGUCCGUGGCACCUGUAGACCGUAGCCAUUAUUUAAAAUUUGGAAAUAGGCUAUCUUCCUAAAAACCGCUCUAACAAUCGGAGAGACGCCUUUAAAAAGCUAGCAGUGUGAACUGUGGGAAUCACGUCUCUCUUAAAACAAUUUUGAAGCUAGUAUUUUAAAAAGUUUGUGAAGCUUUAGACCCAAGAAGAUUCUGAGAGAAAAAAAUGUGCCAGUAGGCGACCAGCUGGUGCUGCUUACUCUGUUUCGUGUUUGCACGUGAGAUUGGACUUAAUUUUUUGCACAUGUUUAGCUUCCUUAUUGGACAGAUCUCUCUCUCUCUCUCUCUCACUCUCACUCACUCUCUCUCUCUCUCUCUCUC